GUCCCGCUGAGGUACUUGCCCUUGGUUCCCAGGUCCCUCAGGAGGCGCUCCCUCCCCGCACUCCUUCCCUCUGCCUUUCCUUUCCCGCUGCCAAGAUCUUGGAAGGAGCAGCUGAAAUCUAAACCUAUUUGGAUUCAUUUAAAUCUAAUUUACGUCUUGCAGAAGGUCAUAUGAAGGAUAUAGACAUUGUCUGCUUUAGAACAAAAGCUUUGUAGCUCAGCAAAGAAGGGAAAUCCAUUGAGAGCAGUCCGUAAAGUGAUUUUAUUUGAAGAUCUCCAACUGUUCCUUGGUGUUAAUAGAGCUUCGAAGCACCCUCUGAAGCAGGUCCCAAGGACCAGCCGGACCUUUCCUUUGAACCCUAGGCACUGGCAUGCAUUUGCUUUCUCUUCGCCUCCCCUCAGGGGUCUCAAGGCAUCUUUAAGAAGGAGACUAGUGUCCUGGGACGAAUCACCGGCCUUGGCCAUCUCUAGAAACUCUGCAUCCUGCCAUCAGUUCUCUCGGGAGGCAGCAGUAGUCUGAAAGCUUCUACACAGGAAGAUUGUGUGAUUCCUGGGUAAACUUCCAGGCCCUCUCAGAACUAGAAAAAGCAAGAAGAACACUGAAGAAAUUGAGAGACUGUUGAAAUACAUAGAGAAGAGUUGAGAGGUGCUGGGACACACUUGGAGUCCUGAAAAUUCUACAAGUUGCAAGGGGACAAGAUUUCAAGAAAUUUUUACUUUCUUCGGAUUCAGGACAUUUCUCUUCUUAUGACACUUUCCCAUCUUGAUGAAUCCAGUUCUGUUCCUUCUAUGAGACUACAUUACUAACUGGAGUAAAGAUUGUAUUUGCUUCAAUCGUGAGGAAAUGUCGUUCAGAUUUGGCCAGCAUCUCAUCAAGCCCUCUGUGGUGUUUCUCAAAACAGAACUGUCCUUCGCUCUUGUGAACAGGAAACCUGUGGUACCAGGACAUGUCCUGGUGUGUCCACUGCGGCCAGUGGAGCGCUUCCACGAACUUCGUCCUGAAGAGGUGGCUGAUUUGUUUCAGGUGACCCAGAGAGUCGGGACAGUGGUGGAGAGACAUUUCCAAGGGACCUCUCUCACCUUUUCCAUGCAGGAUGGCCUUGAAGCUGGACAGACUGUGAAGCACGUUCAUGUCCACGUUCUUCCCAGAAAGGCUGGAGACUUCCGCAGGAAUGACAGCAUCUAUGACGAGCUGGAGAAGCACGACAGACCGGAGGAAGACGGCCCGGCCUCCUGGAGAUCCGAGGAGGAAAUGGCCGCAGAAGCUGCUGUGCUGCGGACCUACUUCAGUGACAGCGGCACGAAAGUAACUCAAACAAAUCCCAAGGCGUAAGGAAAUGGGCCUCAUUCUGUAGGACUCUGUGGCAUUGGAAAUGAAGCCAAGCGACUUUAUUACAUCCUACAAUUCUGCAACCUUUGGCGAAGCAUUUUAUUGUACGUGUGGAAGCCAUCGGGGUUACGUUUCAGUCACUAUGACUGACAGGCUAACUUCAGAACAAUGGCACUGAUGCUCUUCCACCUCCCCAGCUCUGUUCUUAGAAUAGAACCUUUUCCACAUUGUCCUUUAGCCCGCACGAAAAUAAAACGGUAGUUCCAAUGUUUAUCUCGUGUACUAGCUCACUUAAAAAUGCGGAUUUGGGGGCCUCUGAAAGUCACACUGAGGAGUCGCCCUCUUAGAGCUAGUGUGCUUGCUGUGUUCCAAAUUUUGUGACAGUGGAGAUAAAACUGAGAAUAGUUUCCAUCUUGAUAGGAAAGAUAAAAGAACAAGAAACGUAUAACCUUUUCUCAGUUAUAUUUCCCACCCGCCUUAAUACAGAGAAGCAAGGCUAAAAGAGCUUAAGAUGACAAACUUAGCUUCAAAAAACACAUGAACAUGUAAUGCGGUGACCUGAGAGCCUGGACCGGGCUGUCUGUAUGGUAGGAUUGUAAGAAAGUCAAAGAGAGUCCUCCAGGAUUUGUUCAGGAAGCAAACCCCUCACCCAUAAUUGACAAUUUCUCCAAGGGAGAAUAACAGAAAUCAGAUCUUUCUUCUCUCGCUGGUUAAUAAAAGGAGAAUUAGGGUUUAUAUAGAAAAAUAAAACCUACCUACACAGCACAGCUACAAAUAACUGAAAGCAUGACUUUUCUUUUUCACAAAAAGCCUCCGAGUAUCUCCUCAGGCUGAUGGGCAACUCCCCAGCCCAGCCAACAUAUGCUGGUGACACACCAGUCUCCAUCAGCAGUCACACCCUACUCUGCUCUCUCGGCUUCUCUCUCUGUCUGGCUCUUGUAAGAACAUAAGUCACGGGAUUUGGGGCCACUAACAUAACCCAGAAAGACUUCCUCAAGAUCUCAAGAUCCUUAACUUAAUCACAAGGCAGAGUCCCACUUUCCAAAUGGGAUUUGACAUGGACAUGUCUCUUAGGACUUCCAGUUAACCUCCUACCUGGGGCAUUUGGAACUGGACUCUUUCUGACACGGUACAAGCCACAAGGCUGUGUACACCCAGUAGUGUCUAUUUAAGAUCUGGUUUUACAUCCGUGCAAAUCCCCAGUUACUGACAAAGACUGACGCUGCCUUAUUUAAGCGGUGACUCCCCCCGACCCCUGUUCCCAGGCCAGGUCUAAGAUGCCUCUCUCUUAGCUGAAAAGAAGAAUUUGUUCAAUCUGAACAUGGCUUUCUGCUCAGUGAGACACACACUCUUUCACCAUCUCAAAGAACUGGCCCUAAAGAAAAGCGCCCUAAGAUGACAAAUUCUUACACUCUUAAGGUCAAGCAUGGAUCCCAACUUAGAUUUUGAUAGCAAAUGUGGCCAGAAUCUGCCCCCCCACUCCCUCCAGGAACAAUUCCACAUUUCAUUCACUGACUUUGAAUCAAAUAGCUAAUAUACCCUUAGUCACGAGGAACAAUUCUUGAGUCUUGCUGUAAACCUAUUUGCAGUUUUGUUUUCCACUUUGUCUAUGCGUUAAAACUAAGCCUCACUGCCACCUUUCUAUCCGGGGAUUUCCUGAUGUCGGUCUCUUCUCUGAGACUCGCAGGCUUUGGAGGCUGUGCUGGCUGGAGAGGCAGAAGCUCAGCCUUGAAGCAUUAGUUUCACGCAAGCCCCAGGAGACCAAAGACAUUCUAAGGUAGCAAAAGCUGUCUCGGCAGAACUAAAUGAAGCCUGGUGAAUCCAAUAUGGGGAAAAAACAACUGUAUUUGCUAUAGAGAAAGUGGCUGCAUGGAGAAAAUAUCAAAAGGCAACGGAAAACGACGCUUACAUCCACAGCAAUGUCUGUAGAAGUUGCCUUCUUCUCUCUAAUUCCUUAUAGGGCAUAAAUACUAGGCUGUUUCUGUUCUUCUCCAGUGCUGGAGAAUCGCUAAUUUUAUGCCAAGCAAUGGAGAAUGAGACAUGUGUUUGGGCAUCUACUUCAUUGUUGUACUACUCAGACAAAAAUAGCCUGGCAGCCUCUCCUGAUGUCGAUGACAUUUCAAAGGAUUCUUCUGCUUAUCUUUGUGAGCUUGCUUUUCAAACUCUGAGCUUCCUCCUGUCUUUAUGGUUAAAACUUGAAAUCAAAACCCAAAUCACAAGUAAGAGUAAUCCAUGGUUGGCAGAGCUGGAAAGGUUCCCAGUGAAUGUAUACACCACAGCAGACCCACACUCACAGAACAGUCCUUCUCAAACCUGCAGUUAUUUUAGAUAAUAAGAGAGUGUGGGCCUCAUCAGUGGAAACCCCUCCCAUCCACCCUUUCGUGUCUCCAUGCUUCAGACUAAGGCCUCCUCCAGGAGUCUGUUUGCUGGUGAAAGAGGAACUCGCAUUUUCUUGUGUCUCUGCUAGACACAUCAGCAACUGUUCUUUCAUCUAAUUCACAAAAGCUCCCUACACGGUGUAUGUGGAGAUGCAGGCUCAGAAAGUUUUCAUAACUUGCUCAAGACUGCAACGUUGGUAACAUGAUGGAGCUGAGAUUUGAACUGAGAUCCAUCUCCUAAAAUCCAUGUUCUAUGGAGAACUGAUGAGCAGAGAUGCCAGCAAACUUCAUUCAUGUGAUUCCCAGUCUGUCUCCUAAAUCCUGUGAACUGGCAGGUUGUCUUUUGUACUGACGACCAAGGGAAAGUUGAGAGAAAGGGAAUUUUCACAGAGUUUCGAGCCACAGUAUUCCUUUUAACCAUGCGGAUAUAAGUAAUGGCAUUUUUAUCAUUUAUAGUACUUUUACCCUUAAGCAAAUGUAUUAACCAAAGGGUUAAUAAUUGUACUAAAAAUAAAACAAUAUAAAAAUGAACAUGUAGUUAUUUAGUUCUGGAGACUGGAAAUGAGUCACCUCUGUGAACCACCACCAGCAACAAGUCUUCAUCAUGGCCAUGUCCCCCUAGUUCGCUUCGGUCCUGGAAAUGUUUUGAGUACCUGCUAAGUGCUGAAUUGGAAGGUUAUGGGUUUAGUAGCCAAAAGUGAGGUAGCAAUGAAGGCAUUGCUGGGAAGCAAAGCAACUGCUUUGGUCUGAAGGGUCAUGUUUCCCCCAAAUGUGUUAUGGAACCUAGUACCCAUUCCACUGGUAUUAGGAGAAGGUGGGGCUUUGGGAUGGUGACCAGAUCAUGGGGACAGAGCCUCUUGUAAAGAGGCCCCUGUUGUGUGAGGACACGGGGAGAAGACACCAUCCAUGAAGAAUGAAGCAACCCUUCACCAAACACGGAAUCUGCUGGCAUCAUGAUCUUUGACUUCUCAGA